CCCAGGAGGCAACGGGGCUCGAACUCCGCGGGUGAAGAGUCGAGUCGAGGCGAGCGCUUGUGCGACGUCCGGGCUGAGAGUGAAUGCUACGAAGGAUGAGUUCGGAAGAGGAGCCGCAGCACGGGGUCAAGAGGGCCGCCUCGCCACAACUCGGGCCUUCUAGCUGGGAGGCAGCAGAUCUGGGGAACGAUGAGCGGAAGCAGAAGUUUUUGAGGCUUAUGGGAGCUGGAAAGAAGGAGCACACGGGACGCAUCGUGAUAGGAGAUCACAAGUCAACGUCUCACUUUCGGACAGGGGAGGAAGAUAAGAAAAUUAACACAGAGCUUGAGCAUCAGUAUCAGCAAGGACUAGAUGGGAAAUUAUCAGGAAGAAAUCGACGACACUGUGGCCUGGGCUUCAGUGAGCCGGAGACUCCCGAAGACGUGCAGAGCGCCGAAGCCGCCGAGUCGAAGGAAGGGGACAGCACAGCAGACGCCGAGACUGAAGCCGAAGCGCCGCCAGAAGAGCCGUCGUCCAGAGCGGAGGAGUCGAGCAAGCAGCAGUGUGAGCCCCACUGUGCCGAGGGUAGAAAGGACAAAGGGGCCAACUACAAAAUGAGCUUCGUCAAGUCGUCGUAGGCGCCGCUCGCCGUGUUCCCUGCAUGUCGUAAGGACAACACCUACACAUCCACGUGGAUUUUAUCAACCUUUAUCCUGUUCAACGAAAAGCUUCCUCGUGACCUUCACGAAUCCGUUGGGCCGCUUUGUGGACCCCUCUGUACUAUCGGCGUGCUGCCCGCAAUGAGGAAGAGGAGGCUUUUUAGCAGGUGGGACUCCACUUGAACUGCAGUGGUCACCAGUGGUCAGUGGCGUCCACGUUUGUGAGACUUGACUCUAUCCGGACGGCAGUUAAGCUACGAAACGUCCGCGCAAAAUCAUAGAGGUGACCCCCGGAAUUGGGGGAGUUUAUUAUCGUUUUGGUUUUUAGGGGGGAGGAGGAGGGUAACCGUUGGGUCUGGCCGAGUUUUUGAGGAAAUAAAGAAUUUAACAGAC